AUGGAGCCCUGGGCACUGGCCACUUGGCAGAGCUGGACUCCACAUAAGGGGGGCGAACCUGGAGGCGCAUCCCCCAGCAUUGCUGACACCCCGGUAGCUCUGCAUGUUGGAGAACUGAGGCCUGAGGAGAGCUCCGAGCCGGAGGGAGCCCAAAGAUCCAGGCCUGUGGGGGGCAUUGAGCCUGAAAGAGCAGAAACUGGGCUGCCCAGCCUGGGGCUGGGAGUGCUGAGCUCCAGACCCAGCUGCCAGAAGCUAGAGGACGAGGAGCUGGAGGCUUUCCCUCAGGGCAAGCUGAAAAUGGGCUUUGGGGACAGGCCCAAUCUGGAGCUGCUGAGGGCUUUGGGGGAGCUGCAGCAGCGCUGUGCCAUUCUCAAGGAGGAGAACCAGAUGCUGAGGAAGAGCAGCUUUCCCGAGACGGAGGAGAAGGUGCGGAGGCUGAAGCGGAAGAACGCUGAGCUGGCGGUCAUUGCCAAGCGCCUGGAGGAAAGGGCCCGGAAGCUGCAGGAGACUAACCUGAGGGUGGUGAGUGCUCCUAUGCCCAGUCCAGGGGCCAGCUUGGAGUUGUGCCGGAAGGCCCUGGCCCGCCAACGAGCCCGGGACCUCAGUGAGACAGCCAGUGCCCUGCUGGCCAAGGACAAGCAGAUUGCUGCCUUGCAGCGGGAGUGCAGGGAGCUGCAGGCCAGGCUCACUCUGGUUGGCAAGGAGGGCCCCCAGUGGCUCCACGUGCGGGACUUCGACCGGCUGCUACGCGAGUCCCAGCGGGAGGUGCUGCGGCUACAGAGGCAGAUCGCCCUGCGCAACCAGCGGGAGCCGCCCGCGCCGCCUGGACCUCCGGGCCCCGCCGUCCCGGCCAGAGCAGGGGCGCCUGCCCCUGGGGCUCCGGGAGAGGCCACGCCCCAGGAGGAUGUGGAAAACCCACCCGUGGUCCUAGGGGACCCAGAGAAACAGCAGAGGGUGCAGCAGCUGGAAUCCGAGCUCAGCAAGAAGCGGAAGAAAUGCGAGAGCCUGGAGCAGGAAGCCCGGAAAAAGCAGAGGCGAUGUGAGGAGCUGGAACUGCAGCUGAGGGAAGCCCAGACUGAGAAUGCCCGCCUCGUGGAGGAGAACUCUCGGCUCAGUGGGAGAGCCACGGAGAAGCAGCAGGAGAGGGACUUGGCCCUUCUCAAGAGCCAGGGCCUGCAGAGCAAGCUGGAGAGCCUGGAGCAGGUGCUGAAGCACAUGCGGGAAGUGGCCCAGCGGCGGCAGCAGCUGGAGGUGGAGCAUGAGCAGGCCCGACUCAGCCUGCUGGAAAAGCAGGAGGAGGUCCGGAGGCUGCAGCAGGCCCAGGCAGAAGCUCAGAGGGAACAUGAAGGGGCUGUGCACCUGCUGGAGGUCCGGGUUCGAGAGCUGGAGGAGCAAUGUCGCAGCCAGACUGAGCGCUUCAGCCUCUUGGCACAGGAGCUCCAGGCCUUCCGCCUGCACCCGGGUCCCUUGGAUCUGCUCACCUCUGCCCUGGGCUGCAGUACCCUGGGGGACCGCCCGCCACCCCCCUGCUGCUGCUCCACCCCCAGCCCUGCCGAGGGGCCGGCCCAAAGGACUGCCAAGAAGACAGAAUCUCUUUCCAACUCCUCUCGUUCUGAGUCCAUCCACAACAGCCCCAAGUCAUGCCCCACGCCCGAGGUGGACACAGCCAGUGAGGUGGAGGAGCUGGAGGUGGACAGCGUCUCCCUGCUUCCAGCAGCGCCGGAGGGCACCCGGGGAGGAGCCAGGAUCCAGGUCUUCCUAGCUCGCUACAGCUACAACCCCUUCGAGGGCCCCAAUGAGAACCCGGAGGCAGAGCUUCCGCUCACUGCUGGCGAGUACAUCUAUGUCUAUGGCAGCAUGGACGAGGAUGGCUUCUUUGAAGGAGAGCUCGUGGACGGCCGAAGAGGCCUGGUCCCUUCCAAUUUUGUAGAGCGGGUGUCCGACGACGACCUCCUGACGUCCCUCCCUCCGGAGCUGGCCGAUUUGUCCCACAGCUCAGGCCCCGAACUCAGCUUCCUGAGCGGAGGGGGGGGUGGCAGCAGCAGUGGGGGCCAGAGCAGCGGGGGACGCAGCCAGCCAAGACCAGAGGAAGAGGCCGCAGGGGACGAGCUCGGUCUGAGCCCCCCGCCCGAGGGCCUGGGGGAGCCCCCAGCUGUGCCUUACCCCCGAGGUCUGGCCAUCCUCAAGCAGCUGCCCCACAGCGUGGUGCUGGCCUGGGAGCCGCCUCCUAAGCAGGUGGAGCUGCGGGGUUACCAUAUCUGUGUGGAUGGGGAGCUGCGUCAGGCCCUGGGGCCCGGGGCGCCCCCCACGGCUGUGCUGGAGAACCUGGACCUGCGGGCGGGGCCCCUCCGGGUUUCCGUGCAGGCCCUGACCAGCCGGGGCAGCUCUGACCCUCUACGCUGCUGCGUGGCGUUGGGUGCCCGGGCCGGGCUGGUACCUAGCCAGCUGCGGGUCCAUCGACUGACAGCCACGUCUGCUGAGAUCACCUGGGUGCCCAGCAAUAGCAACUUGGCCCAUGCCAUCUACCUCAAUGGGGAAGAGUGCCCCCCUGCCCGUCCCAGCACCUACUGGGCCACCUUCUGCCACCUGCGGCCUGGUACACUCUAUCAGGCCCGAGUGGAGGCUCAGCUCCCACCUCGAGGGCCCCGGGAACCAGACUGGGAGAGGCUGGAGCAGCAGGCUGCCACCCUGCAGUUCACCACACUCCCAGCAGGCCCGCCUGAUGCCCCCCUGGAUGUGCAGAUUGAGCCAGGGCCCUCCCCUGGAAUCUUGAUCAUCAGCUGGCUCCCAGUAACGAUUGAUGCUGCUGGCACCUCCAACGGCGUCCGGGUCACAGGCUACGCCAUUUACGCUGAUGGGCAAAAGAUCAUGGAGGUGGCCUCGCCCACAGCAGGCAGCGUGCUGGUGGAGCUGUCCCAGCUUCAGCUGCUGCAGGUGUGCCGCGAGGUGGCCGUGCGCACCAUGUCGCCACACGGCGAGUCGGCCGACUCCAUCCCGGCUCCUGUCGCCCCAGCCCUGGCCAAGGAGGAGGCCGGGGCAGCUGCACCGAAUGCCUCAGGGGACAGGAAGGCCAGUGAGCCAUCCUUGGAAGAGCAAGUUCCUGGCCCUGCUGUUUCCUCCCUGGCCAAAGAGGAGGCUGAGCAGACCGCGGGAGAGGCCCUCCCGGCCCCUGGCUCCACCCCGGCCGCGCUGGCCCAGAGGCUGCCCUGUGCCGAGGCCUGCCGUGGAGGGGACACAGGGUCUGCGCUGAGGCCCAGGGCUGAGCGGGAGGACACAGCAGAGCUCGGGGUCCGUCUGGGGAACUCUCUUGUGGACCAUGGCCGCAAUUCAGAUCUGUCAGAUAUCCAGGAGGAGGAGGAGGAGGAGGAGGAGCUGGGUGUCAGGACUUGCUCUUUCCAGAAGCAGGUUGCUGGCAACAGCAUCAGGGAGAAGGGGGCCAAGCCUGAGCCCGAGCCCUGCUGUGAGACUGACAGCGACGAGGAGAUCUUGGAGCAAAUCCUGGAGCUCGCCCCUCCAGCAGUUCUGCACCGGCUUCUCAGCAACGCCGGGUCCCAGGCCUCGGGACGACCAGGCCCCGCACCGGGAGAACGGGUAGGCCCCACUGUGGUCGAGGGCAGCAGGGCUGGACCAGAGGCUGGUGGGAGAGGGCGGCCAGCUCACUCGAGGAAGUGCACCCGUGGCCGGGCCCCAGAAUCCAACCUGGCCAGCUGCCUCUCCCCGAAGUGCUUGGAAAUCAGCAUCGAAUACGAUUCUGAGGAAGAGCAGGAGGCGGGCGGCGGGGGCGUCAGCUACACCGGCUCCUGCCACCUCGGAGAUGGGGAGGCCUGGGGCACAGCCCCCGUAGGAAGGCCGCGGGGGCCUCCUAAGGCCAGUUCAGGCCCCAACCCCUACCCACGCCUCCCGGCCUGGGAGAAAGGGGAGCCAGAGCGGAGAGGCCGCAGUGCAACUGGCAGAACCAAGGAGUCACCCUCCCGGGCAACAGAGACUGGGGAGCCCAGAGGGCAGGCUGGCUGUGGGCGGAGGGGCCCCCUGCGGAGAGGGGCCCGGGGGUCCAGGCCAGGCCCCACCGAGCUGGCCCCUCCGAGGAACCCUCCAGAAGCAGCGCUGGCUUACCAGGACCUACCCAUCAGGGUCUUUGUGGCUCUGUUUGACUAUGACCCCGUGUCAAUGUCACCCAACCCUGAUGCCGGGGAGGAGGAGCUCCCCUUCCAGGAGGGCCAGAUCCUGAAGGUGUUUGGGGACAAGGAUGCCGAUGGCUUCUACCGGGGUGAAGGUGGGGGCCGGAUGGGCUACAUCCCCUGCAACAUGGUGGCCGAGGUGGCUGUGGACAGCCCUGCCGGGAGACAGCAGCUGCUCCAGCAGGGUUAUUUGUCCCCUGAUGUCCUUGUUGAGGGUCCAGGGAACGGUCCCUUUGUGUACUCCACAGCCCGCACAACUGGGCCUCCCCCCAAACCCCGCCGCUCCAAGAAAGACCCACUCCAGCGGGUCUCCUCUGCUGGCCUGGAAGCUCCCCGCGGCAUGGUGGCUGCCUUUGACUACAACCCCCGGGAGAGCUCCCCCAACAUGGACGUGGAGGCGGAGCUGCCCUUCCGGGCAGGGGACGUCAUUACAGUGUUCGGGGGCAUGGACGAUGAUGGCUUCUACUAUGGGGAACUGAAUGGACAGCGGGGCCUGGUUCCAUCCAACUUCCUGGAGGGCCCUGAGCCUGAGGCAGGUGGCUCAGACAGGGAGCCUGGGACACCCCAGGCAGAGGGGCAGGUCAGUGAGGACCUGGGCUCCCAGUUCAGCAGUUGGCUCUCCUCACUGUUGGUGUGGUGGUGGGGGCAGGACGGCGUUGUGGGAGAGGUGCCUCUGGGCUGUGAGCCAGGUGCCUUUUAA